AUGACUGACACGACGAUGGUCAAGGUGAAGACAGAGAGGCCCGAUGAGGCUGAAAUCAGGGAGUUGGCUGCGAAAAUGGUGGAGGCCAACAAAGCGAAGGCACUAGCGGCUUCGGUAGCGGCCGCAAGGCCUCCGCCUGGUGCCCUCGUUGGUGUACCCCCGCCAGGUGCCGGCGGCCAGUUAGGCAUCUUAAAUUUUUUGGCGCGAAAGCCAGGUGCCCCCGCCGCUACUGACACGCGACCCGCACCGGACGCCGAAAAGAAGACCCCAGCGCCUGACGAAGCGAGCUGGAAGGGCCACUUCGGGUGGGAUAUGCUGGGUAAAUGUCACAUUCCAUACAUUUACCGGUCUGGUGAGAAGUACGUGGCGGUUAGAAUGGUUGAGAUCAAACUCCUCAACAAGUACCUGAACUACCUGCAUGCGGACAUAUACUCAUGCACCUGCAUCAGAAGCUACUAUAUCACAGAAAUCGAAGCUCGACUACUGAAUGAAAUUAACAACAGACAUUGUGAUGGUCAGUUUGGUCGUGAACCCUUCACACAGAAAGAUUUAGUGGUGCGAUUGUCAGACGCUUAUGAAUUCUAUAACUUUUUGGAUGUGUGUUACAAUAAGUUGUUGAGGGGCACGACCAACAGCAAGGACAAGUGUGGUUUUAUUAGAAUAAAUAAGGAAUCUGUGGUUCCGUAUACAGUGAGGGAUGGUCAAAAGUUUGUUCCCCUAUUCUACUUUGAAGGUGAAACUGACAAUUUAAAAUUAAAAGCUGAUCAAUUGAAAGGCUGGGACUUGUCUUAUCUUAAAUUUUGUUGUAAAGUACAAGGAAUAAGAAAUGAACUUUUUGCAAGUGAAACAUGUUCUGUGAUAAGUUUGUCGGACAUUAAGAGUUAUUUCCCCCCUGGCACAGAAUUUGAGGAGUACUGGCCUAACAAAGUGGUUGACUCUCAGCUACUCAUAUCUGCCAAAGGGUCGGUGUCGGGUGGCGGGCAGUGGACCCGGGCACCGCCGGCGCCGCCGCCGGGCGGGGUGUCGGGCGUGGGCAGCGGCGUGGGCAUGGGCGUGGGGGCGGGCCCCGCGCGCGGCCGCCGCGCCGGCACCACGCGGCACUCGCCCGCCGCCACCGCCAUGCAGAUGCCCCACGCCGGCAUCUCCGCCGCCGCCGUGCAGGCGCUCGCUAACGGCUGGAGUCUACCCGGGACGCUUACGCAGGCGCAGACGCAACAGGUGCUGCGAUUGGCGCAGGCCCAAGUUGCCGCCCAAGCGCAAGCGGCAGCGCGGUACAACAACGCCGCUCUGGCUGCGGCCGCGGCGGCAUUACCACAGCACCGCAAUCAACAUCAAAGGAAUGUGCAGUUUCCAAACAGUGCGAUCGCAAUGGCGAUGGGUCAGCAACCCCCUCCACCUCUUGUGAGGAGCUCGGCCAACACAUCGACUAUGAAUGUGCCUCCGCAAGUGACUGGAGCAAUGAAUGGCCACUCAACCUCUCUGUCGGUGGACAGCCGGAAAAGGCUUACGCCAAUACCAGAUAUCAACGUUACUGGCAACCAUACGCCGUAUAAGGUGCACAAGGCGCUGGUGGAGAACACGCUGGUGCCGUGCAUCAACGCCAAGCCGUACCAGUACACGGAGCUGCUGAUGACGCUGCCGGACCUCGCCAGCCACUUCUCCCCGCGCGUGCCGCUCGCCACCUGCCGGGACAUGCUCGACGCGCUCGGCCUCACGCUCUACCGACCCAACUCGACCCAACUGCAAGUGUUGCGCAAUUCGGGCAAGUGCAAGUCCGCGGCGGCGGGCGAGAACGGCCUCGCGCUGGUGCAGAUCCGCGACGUGAUGCAGCACAUGCCGCAGCUCAAGUACAUGCUGCGCUCGGGGCUGGCGGCCGACGAGCCCGCGCACCCGGCGCCGCCGCCGCCGCGGCCCGCGCACGCCGCCGCCAAGCGGGCCCGCGCCAACUGA